UAGAAACUAAGGCUUUUACCGAAAACAGCCCUUGUCCCUCUUGUUUCCCCUUACAACACACUCUUCUUCCUUGUUCAUGGCUUUUCUAAUUUUAUUUUCUUUCUAAUAAUCAAUAUCCGCUUCUUACCCAUUUUAUUUCCUCUCAUUAUCGUGAACUCUCUCCCUGCGUGUUGUAUUGUUUCUAGCGUUUUAAGGGUUUGGGCGUGCUUAAUUUUUUAUCUGCGUGUGUACGGGAGGAAGCGGAGCAGGAUUAAUGGCUGGUGAAAGGGCUGAGCUCACACUUAGAAGGAUGGAUUCCAUCAAGGCGAAAGAUCUGCAUGGCCCUGAGAAUUCCUUUCCUUUGUCCCCACAGUGGUUGCUUCCAAAGCCGGGGGAGAAUAAGCUGGGAGUGACAACAGGGGUGGGUAUACAGGAACAUCCUGUGAACUGUAGCCCCAGUCAAGGAAGUCGCAAUGAGCUUUUAGCUAAAGCAUAUGGGAAUGGGGAAGAGACGUCUGAUACAGAGAAAAGGAAAGAUAUCUGGCGAUCUACCUCUGUGGAAGCUGAAACAAUGCGCCGUGAAAAUUGGCGGGAUGAAGAAAGGGAGAAUACUAGUGUUCGACGGGACCGGUGGAGAGGUGACAAGGAAACGAGUGACCAUCGCAGGACAGAGCGCUGGGAAGAUAAUCUUAUGGCAAGAAGUCCUGGGGAGAUUAGGCGACUCUCUUCAGAUCGUUGGAAUGACACUGGAAAUCGUGAAACUAAUUACGAGACACGUCGUGAAAGUAAGUGGGAUACUCGUUGGGGACGAGAAGACAAGGAUACGGAGAAUCGGCGUGAAAAGUGGCUAGAACCUGGCAAGGAUGGGGAGGGGCAACGAGAGAAAGGUUUACUUAUGGUGUCUGACAAUAAUAAGGAUUCUGAAAGGGAAACUGAGCAUAACCCGCGCCCAUGGAGGUCAAAUUCUCUACAAAAUCGAGCACGAGGUGAAGGAUCUUACCUAUCAACUCCAACUCCAAAUAAACAUACUCAGGGCUUUUCAUUUGGUAGGGGGCGGAGUGAUAUGGCUAGUCCAGGCUUUACUGCUGGUCGUGGCCGAGGAAAUCAUAGUGCAAGCAGUUUAAUAUCGAAUUCUUCAAACUAUAAUUCUCUUGGUGGAUCUUCAGAAAGGUGGGAUACUAAUCUGGGGAAUGGAUCUACAUUAAAAUACUCUAGGGCAAAAUUAUUGGAUAUUUACCGUAAAUGUGUCAUGAGGCCUUCUUUUGCAAGACCCCCUGAUGGGUUUACUGAAGCUCCAUCCCUAACACAAACAGACACAUUGGAACCAUUGGCUCUUUCCUCUCCCAGCCCUGAAGAGGAGGCUAUAAUAGAAGGAAUUAACAGGGGAGAUAUAGUAAGUAGUGGGGCUCCUCAAUAUUCUAAAGAUGGGACACUAAACCGAAACCGGGAGGAUGUGUCAAAUAAUCGAAGACAAAGACCUGCAGGAAGUAGAGGAGAUGGGACAUCUACAAUGGAUUCUCACAGAGAAGACAACUCCAAUGAUUUGAAAGUCAAGAAUUGUAAUUAUAAAGAUACUGACAUAAUUGACAAGAGCACAGAUCUCUUUUUAAGAGAUUUAAAGAUUGGAGGAAUUCAAGAACAGCAGCUUUUAGAUGAUAAUGACAUGGAUAUUGAAGUCUCCAAGAAUGAAGAAUUACAUCAUAAGCAUAGAGAUGAUUCAAGUCAGGGCUCUGCCACCCACAUUAGUGGGCCAUGGAGGUCAGGUGCUGCUGCGGAAGAGAUACAGGGAUCUUUACAUGAUUGGCAGGACAUCAAAUCUGAAAUUCCAUCUCAAGAAUCCAAUGCAAAUAAUGCAGUCUGGCCAAGGUCAGGGGCAAAUAGAGAUUAUGAUCAUGAAAGGAAUGCCCCGGGAACAGUGGUUUCUACUUCAAGCGAAGAUGGGAUGAGAUGGCAUCUACAUGAGGCUCUACAGGUUGACACACGUCGACUUAAACACCAUCCAUCGAUGGGAAGCAACAGGAUGCUUGCCACUGAAGGCACUUAUGUGGAUCGGGAGAAGGUGGCUGCCAGAGAAGGUAUUCGACAUAUUCCACCAGAAGAGUUGUCCCUAUUUUACAAAGAUCCACAGGGUGAUAUUCAGGGUCCAUUCUCUGGGGCUGAUAUGAUAGGCUGGUAUGAAGCUGGAUAUUUUGGUAUAGAUUUGCCAGUUCGUCCGGAAAGUGCUCCAGUGGAUGUGCCUUUCAAGUGCUUGGGAGAUGUUAUGCCACAUCUUCGGAUGAAAGCUAAAGCUCCUCCUGGGUUUGGCAUCCCAAAACUAGGUGAUGCUACUGAUGUAACAAUUGCUAAUAAAUUCAGCAUCCAUGCAAAGGGGCAAGGCAAUAUUAUUGACAGUGGCUUUGAGCUUUCCCAGAAUGAACAGAAAGGCAAAAUGGAUACAUUAAAAGCUGAGAAAAGUUUUAUGGAAUCACUUAUUAAUGGAACUUUCAAAAAUCCUCAGCCAGUUGAACAUGUAGAAGGAGCGUCGCUUGGAUUCCAAGGGCUCAGUCCUGGUGGAACAUCAUUGAUUGCAACAGAAAGUGGAUUAGACAUGAAUUAUGGAAUUGGCCGAAGGAUAUCUCCAUAUCAUUCUGUGGAACGGCAGAAAUCUCUCCCAAACCUUUUUCCUUAUGGCUGGUCGACAGGAGAUACAUCAUCUUUGGCAGCUAAUAGUGAAAGUAUGACUGAUAUUGGAAAAUCAUUGCCUCAGUUCACUGCUAUGACAUCGGAUAUUUCCCAUAACAUAUCUCAUGGCAAUCAACAUGGAGAUGUUAUGUCUAUUCUGCAGGGUGUUUCUGAUACUAAUGUUGUUUCACCUAUGAACAAAGCAGUUAAUCUAUGGGCAAAUUAUGGAGAUCCACAAUCUCGGGGAAAUCUUGGUCGUGGUGGCUUAGAUAUUCCUCGUCAAGAUCAGGUAGAUAUGCACCAUCUACAGCGAUUUAGUCCAGUUCAAUCUGUGUUUCCAUUGCAGCACCAGAGACAGCAGCAGCAACAUCAGCCACUUAUGCAACAUCUAAUGUCUCCGACUUUGGAAAAUCGUUCUGGUGGUGUACCACUGGAGCAACUUCUGCCUUCUGGCCUUCCACAAGAUCCACAUACUUUGAACUUAAUUCACCACCAACAACAGCAGCAGCUUUUACUCUCUCAGCUUCAGCUACGCUCUCAGGCUUCAUUGCCAUCCCAGGCAUCUCUGCUUGAUCAGAUUUUUAUGCUUGAACAGCAAAAACAGCAGCAGCAGCAGCUCUUACCUCAGGCUCUAUUGGAGCAGAUAGCACGUCAGCAACGUCAGGAACCAUCUUAUGACAGAGCACAGGCACCUGGAUCUGUUGGAAAUGCUUCAGCAGAUCAUGGCAUGUUUAGGCAACCUAGUGAUCCAUUUAUGAUGAAUGCCAAGAUGCCUCAGCAUGUGCCCCCUCAACCUUCAGUAAUUGAUAAUCUUUUCAACCUAAUGAAUCAGCAAGGCUCUAAAGGAACAAAUCUGUCUCAGCAGGUUGAAUUGGAUGGAAAUCUCAAACUCAAUCAAGUGGCAUCCUUUACAACACCACAAACUACAGUUGAGUUUAGCCAGCCAUCUCCUGUUUGGGGAGUUGCUGAACAAGACAAAUUUGACCAAAUUCGGGCAUCAUCUUUUUUGCCUACAUGUGAAAUCUUAGAAAAGGUUUCAAAGGAACAACAAAUGCUUCAUCAAUCAGGCAAAGGUAGCAGCAAUGACCCUCUUUCAAAUUUUUCUUCAGAGUUGAAUUCUCAGGUAGUACCACAGGUGGAGCGAAUCCCAACUGAUUCAUUGUCCUUGAGAAAUGCUGAUGUAACAGAAAAAGAUGCGGCAACCACUGAUAUGUUGAUGAGUUCUGUGUCUAAUCCAUUGGUUGGUUACUCCACUGAACAAGUUAUGGAGAACAUGAAUCGGAUUGAGAUGGAGGAAUCAAUGACUCUGGUUAUUGAUGAGCCAAUUUUUCAGGAGAAACCAGCUAGAAAUGACACACAAGCAUUGGUUGAAAUAAAUUUGAUAGAGGCACCCGAGGUAAAGAAAAGCACUGAGAAAAGGUCCAGAAGACAAAAGAGUUCUAAAAUGUCCUCUGAGAGGCAAAAAGGGCAACCUGAUGUGAUCAAUCGGCAUGAGGUGAAGCAAGGGACUGAAAAUUCAAAAGAAGUUACUCCAAAUCAAACUUCUGAAGACACAAAUUCUUCAUCUGUUCUUCAUGACCCUGUUUUACAAUCACCAAUAACCCAAAUUCUGCCUGCACCUAUGUCAAUUUCUAGUUCAGGGGAAAAUCUAAUAAUUGAAAGGAUAGCUGCAGCUAAUGUUGAUUUGCAAUCUAAAAACAUGGUCAUAUCCUCUUUAUCACAACGUGCUUGGAAGCCUGCUCCAUGCCCAAAGCCAAAGUCUCUCUUGGAAAUACAAGAGGAAGAACAGAAACAAAAAGCAGAAUCAGAGAAGGUUGUUACUGAAGUUGCUGUUUUAUCAGCAGUGACUAACUUGUCAACUCCUUGGGGUGGAGCUGUAAUUGGUUCAGAAAAACCCUCAAGAGAGGGUCAACAUGAUGCGAAUGUUGCUGCUGCAAGUGUUUUACACUCGGGUUCUGGGAAUCUGGAUAAUGGUUUUGUCAGAACCAGGAAGAGCCAUUUACAUGAUCUUCUGGCAGAAGAAGUUUUGGCUAAAACAAGUCAGCCAAUUCUAGAACCAUCUGUUGCUGCCAAUGUUGAGAAACCAAGUGAACUAUUGCCUGUAUCUGCAGUUUUACUACCUCCAGAGGUGUCUGCUGGAGAUGAUAGUGAAUUUGUUGAGGCCAGAGAGUCAAAGAAGAACCGUAAGAGGGCAAACAAGGGGAAAAAUGCUGCUGUAGCUAAAGCCAGCACAGUUGCUUCUUCUGAGCCUCCUGUGUCAUCUGUUGCAGUUGAGAAAAACAAAGCUGCUCGUCAAAUUCAACAAGAUAAGGAAGUACUCUCUGUUCCACCAUCUGGACCAUCCUUAGGAGAUUUCCUCCCAUGGAAGACAGAAUCUUCAACAUCUCCGCCAGCUCCAGCUUGGUCUGUUGAUGUAGCAAAGCUGACUAAAACUGCAUCACUGAGAGAGAUUCAGAAAGAGCAGGAAAGAAAGCUUGCAUUAUCAAUGCAGUCCCAACAGCAGGUUGUGGCUCCUCCCAAAGUGCAGGCAAGUCGUAGCUUAAGUGGAAAUAGCAGUCUGUGGUCAGUGCCAAAAUCUGCAACUCCAACUCAAAGCAUUGCAAUCCCCUCCAGUUCUUCAAGGUCUAAGCCUGAAGAUGAACUGUUUUGGGGUCCUGUUAAUCCAUCGAAGCAAGAGAUUGAACGGCCAGAGUUUCCAUCACUGAUUACCGGCAAAAGUUUGACACCAAAGAGCAGUAUUGCGAAAGCCUCAUCUGGAUUGUCAUCGUCACGGAAAGCAUCAGCAGCACUCGUCACUGCUAACAAGUCUUCCGAUCUCCCUUUGUCAUCAUCGGUGAAGGGGAAGAAGCAACUUGUUAGCAAAUAUUCUGAAGCAAAAGAUUUCCAUGAUUGGUGCGAAGCAGAGUUAUCUAGGCUGAUUGGAAAUAAUGAUACAAAAGUUUUGGAAUAUUGCCUGAAGCAGUCUACGUCAGAAGCAGAGAUGCUUCUGGUUGAGAAUCUGGGCUCCUUUGAUCCUGAACGGGAGUUUAUUGAUAAAGUGUUGAAAUACAAGGAGCUCUUGCCUGCAGAUGUUAUUGACAUGGCCUUCUCCCAGCGUGAUGUUCAAGUUUUAAGUAGCAUGCAUGUGCAGAGUCAAGAUGCUAAUACUACUGACAUUCAUAGUAGAAGGUCCAAUCUGGAGUCGAGAUCUGGUAGGGAUUCAGAUAUUUUUGCUAUUGAUAAUGAUAUAGAUGGGUCAGUAAGGGGUGGGAAGAAAAAGGGGAAGAAAGGAAAGAAAGUAAAUCCAGCUGUUUUAGGCUUCAGUGUCGAAAGCACAACCCGCAUUAUGAAGGGCGAGAUUCAAAGUGCUGAUGAUUAAAUCAUGAGUGUACUGCGCGUUAUUAAUUGCAGCCGUUCAAAGUUGUUUUAGCCAACCCACAUGGGGUGACAUUUGUACAUGCUUUUGAAACUUAAGCUUUGUAAAUGGUCAAUAGAGCUGCAGCAACGAGCCAUGAGCUCAAUCAGUUUUGCAGAAUGCUGAAGUGGCAUUAGUUUGCUACUUGGGUCAAUUCAUGUUAUGGAAUGGUGCAAGUGAGUGUCGCCAUUUUUUUUAAAGAGCUCUCAAUUUUUGUAAUUAUAAUUUGUAACUUUAUUCCUGAGUUGAAUGCCUUGCAGUUUUUCAAGCCA